ACAACGUCGAAUUUUGACUUAAACCACAUCAACACAACAGAGAGACUGAUCAGUCCUUUCUCGUCAACUGUGCUUGGCCGUCGAGGGGUUUAUCAGUUCGCCUACCCCGAAAUGUCUCUUCCUUCGUCGCCCAUUCUUAUCUUGGACUCAGUCGCGUCCUGCAGAGCAUGGAGGCGAAAGGCUCUUAGUGAAGCAAAAUCAGUCGGCUUCGUGCCAACUAUGGGUGCACUUCACGAGGGCCAUCUCUCACUCGUUCGAAGGUCUCUUGCUGAGAACGACCUGACUAUCGUUUCCAUAUUCGUGAAUCCUGCACAAUUCGCUCCCCAUGAAGACCUUGCCACAUACCCUCGCACGUUGCCCCGGGAUCUCGAAUUACUCGCUGCACAAGAGUUACACGUCACAAACACCGUGCGGAAACCAUCAGCGGUGUUUCUACCAGGUGUCCGGGACAUGUAUCCAUCGGGCAUCAGCCAAGACGUUGAAUCCCAGAAUGGUACUUUCGUAGAGGUGAAAGGUUAUAGCCACCAAAUGGAAGGUAAAAGCCGCCCAACAUUCUUUCGCGGAGUAGCCACCGUGGUUACGAAGCUAUUUAACCUCGUCCAGCCGACGAACGCGUAUUUCGGGCAAAAGGAUAUUCAGCAAGCCCUAUUGCUCCGCAAGUUGUGCAGCGACUUGCUUUUCACAUACCCAGACAUGGAUCACUUGCAUAUCGUCCCGACGGCGAGGGAUCCCGUCGACGGCUUGGCCCUGUCAUCCCGAAACGCGUACCUCUCGGCUGACGAGCGCCUGUUCGCCGGUACACUAUACCAAGCGUUACAGUGCGCCGAAUCAACUUGGUCUCAGGGAGGAACGAAAGAACAGUCUGUAUCUGCAGCUGUCACGAUCAUCGAACGAGGUAGAGAGCAGGCAACGUUGAAAGGCGUGACGGUGGAGCUGGACUACAUCGAGAUGAACCAUUCGGAUACCUUCGGGAUACUAGACGGCGAGGCUCGCAAGGACUCCGAGUCACUGGAGAGGACCCCAGUGAUCUUGAGCGGGGCUCUAUGGGUCGGUAAGACGAGAUUGAUCGAUAACAUCAUCCUCGGAGGCCACGGCACCAUGGUAAAUUGACCACGAGGAAAUAACUAGUGUCCUAUCGUCCCUGAUAUGCUGUUUCCUGCGAAAACUCCUUCCGACACCAAAGUCAAAACAUCCGCUUACUACACUGCGCACCGUUGUUUGCUAGCAACAAUAACGGCAACUACCAGCGGAAAUACAAAUGUAUUGGGGUUAUCGUUAUCCCCACAGCUAUUCA